AUCGAAAGUUGACACUUUGGGUUGACAUAUAUCGCCUUUGUUAUUUAUGAACACACCUGUAAUCAUAUUACAUGUAACAUUUUAUGUCAUAUUAUUUAAACAGAAGAAGCCAGGUGGAGUUUAACAGUUAAAAACAUUUUACGCUCAGGUAAAAAUCUGCCAUGCUCAUCGAGAGGACACCGGAAACGCAUUAUUUGACGAAAGAAAUUGGUCAGAGAGUUGUUAUUUAAUAUUAUGAAUCAGUGUCUUUAUCAUCAGAUCAGAAAAGACCGUCGUACACAAUAUGAGGUCACCCGGAACUAGCAUAUUUUAAGAUUAUUCACUUAUAAAAAGUUAUUGUGUAUUGAAUAAUAAAUUAAGGUGUGCAAACAGAAAGUAGGAAUUUAGAUUAGUUAACCUGUGACUCGAAUAUACAUCAGAGAAAGAAAUUUCACAUGGAUUUUUAGUGUUCAAUGUUUUAAUCUGAAGUUAACAUUUUACAACUUAGACAAAGUACUAGUGUGUUUACUUGUAUAUUCACAAGUGUUGACAUUCUUGUAAACAUGGGGAAGAAAUAUAUUUCUUGCUGUUCAUUCAUGAUUAUUUUUCAUUUUACAUCAGAUGUGCUUUCAUUUAAUCUAAAUAUAGACCUAGCGAAAACGUUUCAGGGAAAUCCAAAUGCAUCAGGUUAUUUUGGAUAUACUACAGACUUUUUAUUGACCAGAGAAACUCCACCCAAAAAAUGGAUUUUAGUUGGUGCACCGACAUCGCAGGACAAGUUCCAGUCAAGUUUAAAUCAUCCUGGUGCCCUAUUUAAAUGUGAUCCUUUCGGUACCUCUUCAUCAUGUGAACAAAUAAUGAUAGGAAGAGGAGGAAAUGUUGAAGACACAGAUUAUGCUCAUGAGCAGAUUUACCAUGGAAAAGAUAAUGGAUGGCUAGGUGCAUCUCUUGCUGUUGGUGAUGCUGUGUUGGUUUGUGCUCCAAGAUGGCAAAAUGACAUUGAAAAGCUUGAAAACCAAACUCCAUUGUCCCACAUGAAUGGUAUUUGCUAUGAAAUCCCAAGAGUUUUGGACUCUUCCUUAGUAGACAAAUAUGCAUUCUUGUCAAAAGAUAAAGAUCAAAGGACCCUAAAUGAGUCACAUUAUUAUUACCAUUACAUGAAUGGCAUGAUGGGACUGUCCGUACGAUAUACUGGAGAUACAGAUGAAACAAUGCUUAUUGGUGCUCCAGGCUUACGUGAUGCAUCAGGUGGUAUUGUUGAAUUUGGGAACAAUGUAGUAAAGAUAGCAUCAGAACCAUACGACCAGGAGAGAAACAAUGAUUAUUUUGGGUAUGCUUUAACAUCAGGGAAGUUUUUGGGAGAUGGUGCUAAUUAUAUUGCUUUAGGUGGUCCACGAGGUAAUAGUGGAACAGGACAGGUAAAGAUUGUGAAGUUGGUAAAUUCAUCACACUAUGAAGUGCAAGCUAUAGUCAAUGGAGAAGAGCCAGGAAGUUAUUUUGGGAGUGUGCUUUGUGCUGUUGAUGUAGGUAAUACAAACAGAGAUGUCCUGGUUGUUGGAGCACCAUUUUAUGGUAACCUUUCACAAAUCAAUAUUGACGUAAAUAAUAUCAACGAGGAUGAAGGAAAAGUUUAUGUGUAUGGUUAUGAUAGUUCAUCUACUAUGUUUAAAGAAUUGCAACAGCUGAGUGGAUCCAACACUAAGAAUUCUAGAUUUGGUUCAGCCAUUUGUAGUCCAGGAGAUAUCAACAAUGACGGGGCUUUAGACAUUGCCAUAGGAGCUCCAUUCGAAGAGGAUGGGAAAGGUGCUAUAUAUGUCUUUAAUGGUUAUGAAGGGAAAUUUUGGCAUCGACCAUCACAGAUAAUAAAGGCUAGUUCAAUUGGCAGCAACCUGAAACAGUUUGGAAUGUAUUUGUCGCAAUUUAAAAUGGAUGUGGAUAAUAACUUAUACAAUGAUCUGGUUAUUGGAGCUCCUGGAUCUGGUAGUGUUGUCAUGUUAAAAUCUAAUCCCACUAUAUCUAUGGAAGUAAGUCUCAAAACUAGUCUUGUUAAUCCAGUUAAUGUCAUACAAGAUGAUGAUGAGAGGUUUGCCAUCCAAGUCUGUUUCAAAUAUACAGGAGAUAAAAAUUCACCACCAGAUGUCAUUGUGAACUACACUGUUUUUAUUGAUAAUAGUAUGACUCAACAAGGAAUACAAGAAAGGAUUCUAGCAGAAGAUGGGAGUUACACUGUGGCAGGAGACAAGAAGGUCAUCAGAGGCUAUGAAAUACCACAAUGUUCUACUAAUUAUACAGUUGUAGUACAGAAAUAUAGAGUAAAAGAUAUCGUGACCCCAGUGACCUUUGUUGUUAAAUAUGCCAUUAAGCACCAAUCAGGAACAGGUUUGAAUUGUUCUAUAAGUCCCUGUCCAGUUAUCAGUGCGUUUGAUGCCAAGAGGCAAGUUCCUGAUGCAGAUUUCUUCACAGAAAAGAUUAGAUUUAAAAAAGAUUGUGGCCCAGAUAACAUUUGUGAGACAGAUAUGAAAUUAAAUGUUGAUCCAAAAUAUAAUUAUGGAAGACCAGAUACCCUAGUCAGAGGACCAUUAGCAGGCUUUCAUUUAGAUGUUAAUGUUACUAACUUGAGAGAACCCUCGUAUGGAACAGUAUUGAAGGUCGAUGCACCUUAUUACAUAAGCUAUUUGAAGGUCAAAACACAUUCACUACUUGCUGUGUCAUGUUCACCACGUAACAUUAAUGAGACCAAAUCUAUACUAGAAUGUGAAUUAUCGGGUUUGGACAAGCCAUUUGUGACGAGUAGAGUGGACAGAUUUACUAUUUAUUUUGAAGCUCGUCAUACUCCCAUACUAAAUACUUUUGAUUUGAAAAUAAAUCUAGAAACCAAAAGUGUGGAUAUAAACAUGUCAAAUAAUAAGAGAGUACUACAAAUGAAAGUAGAAUCAUCUGCUGACAUAGCAUUUGAAGGAUUUGGUAAUCCAGAAUUGUUUGUUACUAGCAAAACUAAAGUGGAUAAAGUUACACAUAGAUUUGAUUUUACCAACAAUGGACCUAGUAUCCUGGAGUCUCACAUGGGGACUCAUUCAAUAUUUACUGUCAAAUACCCUAGUGUAGUUAUCGACCAGAAAUCUAUCCUGAAAGUAUCUGAACUGAAUUUUGUUGUUCCUGUUGAAACAUUGUAUUUUGAUUGUGGAUCAUCAAUAAUAAAGACAAUAGUUCCAGGUAGUUCAAGACUUAACUCUACACUAACUUAUCAGUUAAAACAAAGAGAUGAAGCAAUAGAUAAUGGUUUAAAUUAUAAUUGUGAAUUAGGUGGCUGUACGAUGGUUGAAUGUGAAAUUUCCCCACUAGAUGUGAAAGCUUUUGUCACAAUAAAGUUGAGUUAUGAUAUGGAUGUAGAUAUAUUAGCCAAAGUCAAGAGACAGAGUUCUAAAGUAGAGAGCUUAUCUGUAUCAUCUGUGGCAACAGCAUCUAUGCCACCAAACAUUGGAUUAACAACGUCCCUUAGCCAUUCAGCUUUCGCAAAAACAGAUGUUGUACCAGCAGAACAGAAGAAGGAGAGUGUGGAGUGGUGGGUGGUGCUUUUACCUAUCGUAUUAGCACUGAUUGUAUUGGGCGUUGUAAUUUUUGUAUUUUGGAAGUUGGGAUUCUUUAAACGAAAACAUAAAGAAAUAAUGGAAGCCAGAAAAAAAUCUCAGUACGCAGAACCAAUAAAAGAUAAAGAAAAUUUAAUACAGAAUGGCAAUAAUAAAGAAAAAGAGGCUCCUAAUGAAACAAAGGAAGAUGGACCUCCAAUUGAUAAAAAAAACGAUUCUGUGCAUGCCAGUGGUGUUCAGAUUUUUCUUGUAGAAAAACUAAAACAAAGUAUCCUGACCACUGAAGGAAUUUAAAGCUUAAAUAGCAGAGUUAAAACUUGUAAUGGAAAUUAUACUGACAGAAAUCAGAUGUCUUAGCAUUGAAAACACAACUUUUUGUGGAAUAUUUUGUUUACAAACUUAAAAUCUUUUUAUCAUUAUUAUAAAUUAAGGCAGAUUUUGUAUAUAUAGCUGGUAACAAAAUGAUUGACUUGCAAUCUUUGAUUGAAUUUAAUUGAAUUUUGAUUUUGUUUAAUACAUUUAUUUUUACCAGUGUUAUUCAUGAAGAUGUUGUGAUAAUCAGUGGUGUGUUCAUUUUAUCCGCUCAUUUUAAUCAUUUAAAUCAUUCAACUAUUGUAUUUGAUUUGUCAACAAUUUUACCAUAAUGUCUAUGCUGCAGUAGAAUUAAUAUCUUAUAUAGCCAAGUAUCCAAACUGAAUGUAAAGGAACUGUCAUGAGUCCUAGUGUGUACUUGAUCUAUAAGAAGUCAUAUUUGUAAAGUUUUAUUGUUAUACUUAUGAUAUGAUAUUGUGUGUACAGGAUAUAUGUAAACAAAUAUUCUAAACACAUGUGAAAAGUGCUUAUAUUUUGUUUCUUUCCUGUAAAAUCCACAAAAUUAAUUCUUUGACAUCAUUAACAAUUUGCAUUGCUUUAUACAUGAUUUAGUUAUUGAUUGUUUCCUGUUAUUCAGUAAUUAAUAUUAGCAAAUUUUAUAUUUAUAGAUACCUCAUGAUACCACUUGAUGUGAACAUAUUUAUUGUUAUUAAUCUACAAAUCAGGUAUUUCAGUAUUCUUUUUUAUCUUGGAAAGUGCUCAAAAUCUAUAUAGGAAAUGUUGCCUGGAAUAACACCUUCCAUCAAAUAUGGAAAUAUGCCAUGUUGCCUGGAAUAACACAGAUCUAUUAUAUAAAAUCUUGUCUGAAAAUGAUGGGAAUUUUGCACAACAUCAUAUUUAUUAUUAACAGUUAUAAAUAAUGACAAUGUUUCCCAGUGUUUUUUAAUAAUUAUUUUUUUGUACAAACACUAUGUUUAAAAGUAGAUGAUAGUCUUAGUAUGCUAGUACUAGGGGAUAAGUUUCUAGUUUGAAAUUUGUUUUGAAGCCUGAAUCAAAUAGCUAAUGAUUGUAGCAAAAUAUUGUUAAGAUCCAAUAGUUUGGAAUAUUACUUUUGGGGGUAUUGUUAAAAUGAAAGGUCUUCUUUAUCAACAUUUUGGCUAUUUUAUUUCUGACACCAUAUUUUUAAUCAAUCGGUCAAGAAAUUUACACAUAUGGUUAGCAUUUAAUUUAUUAGGUCAUUGUAUCAUUUAUUUCAGUCACCUUGUCAUUAUUCAGAGCUGUUCUAUCACUAAUUAAUAUUGAUUGUGAAUUGACCUAAUCACAUUAUAAUGUUAUGUUAUAAAAUAAACAAUGAAAAAUUGCAUGUUGUUAUGUGCAUGUGAAAUAUAAGUUUUUGUGUACAUGAAUGUAAUACGCUUUAAUGUAUAUUGAUGCUGUGAAUGAGAAUGUUUUAAGAAGGUAUGCAUGUAGAUUAUUUAAUAAAUACUAUACAAAGCAUGAA